GGUUCUGCAGGACCAACUCUUGAGGACCAGGGAGCCACCCAAGAACCAGAGAGACACCCAAGAACCAGAAAGAUACCCAAGAACCAGAAAGACCCCCAAGACGACCAUCUCUUGAGGACCAGGAAGCCACCGAAGCCGUCCAAACACAGCCUCUUCUAGCCUUCACAGCCUCUUCUAGCCUCUGUCCAGGACAAGUUGUCCAAAAUGGUGGCGACUUACGACUGCAAGGAGUGUAAAGAGUCUUUGUACGGGGGGAAGUACAUCCUGCAGCAGGAUAACCCUUACUGCCUCACCUGCUACGAGAAAUCCUUCUCCAACAUCUGCGAAGGGUGCGAGAAAUGCAUUAGCUGCACCAGCAAGGAUCUGUCGUACAAGGACCGCCACUGGCACUCAGACUGCUUCCAGUGCACCAUGUGCAUGCGCUCGCUGGUGGAGAGGCCCUUUGCUACCAAGGACAACGUAAUCAUGUGUGUGGAGUGUUACUCCAACCAGUACUCUGCCAAAUGCUUCGGCUGCCUCAAGACCAUCAUGCCAGGCACCAAAAAGAUGGAGCACAAAGGCAACAGUUGGCAUGAGAACUGCUUCACAUGUCAGCACUGCAAACAGCCAAUGGGAACCUGUAGCUUUGUGAACAAGGAGGACAGCAACUACUGCCUGCCCUGCUAUGAGAAGCAGUUUGCUCUUCCCUGCGUCCACUGCAAGAAGCCAAUCACCACCGGAGGGGUCAAUUACCGGGACCAGCCCUGGCACAAGGAGUGCUUUGUCUGCAUCUCCUGCAAGCAACAACUAUCUGGCCAACGCUUCACCUCGCGUGACGAUUUUGCCUACUGCCUGAACUGCUUCUGCAACCUCUUUGCUAAGAAGUGUGCUUACUGCACCACCCCUAUCAGCGGUCUGGGCGGCUCCAAGUACAUCCUGUUUGAGGAGCGCCAGUGGCACAACGACUGCUUUAACUGUAAGAAGUGCAGCGUGUCUCUGAUCGGCCGUGGCUUCCUGACCUCCCGCGACGAUGUCCUCUGCCCCGACUGCGGCAAAGAGGUGAGUAGCAGGCCUGGCUCAUGGCGUAGGCGGUUCAGGCAAAUUGCUUGGGGUGCCGUCCAUCAAUACAUCUGAGGACCAUACAUCAGAUCCAUUGGGGCGCCUAUGGAUUAACACUUUUUACUAAUACUAUUUUACUACGUUUUUACUAAUACUAUUGUAAUUCUAUUAUUGACAAUUGACUACAAUGGUUGCGCUUAAAUCAUAUUUGGUGCAAUACCUUAUUCACAUUGUGUUUAUAAUUCAAUGUCACUUGUUUCUUUAAUAUAGUUUUGGUUGUUGUUUGUACAAUAAAGAAAAAGACAUUCUGCAAUAAUUGAUGCAAAAAAGGCACAAAUUGGUGCAUAAAUAUUCGCCAGAAUAUUUAUGAGCAACAAACAUUAAUUGUUUGGUGCUCAAAAUGUAACCCUUUAUGUGUCCCCCCCCCUCCCCCCAAAGCAGACUCACUCCUACAGUAUGCCCCCAGGCUGAGAUUCAAGGAUUAACAUUGAAAAUCCUGCCGAGGGCACCAAAUUGGUCAGAGGCCGCCCUGGUAACAGGUCUCCUAUUCGUUGUCAAAAAUAUUCAUUUAUUUAUUUGUCUGGACAGAAAUGUCAACAUUCAGAAACUGUUUGUAUCUAAAUGACAUUGUAUUUACUGUACGGCCUUUCAUCUUGUGAACGAUAGAGAAAAUAAAAUGAAAUAGAAAUGAUUUAUUUGUAUGAAUCUUCAUAAAACUGUAUUGUUGUAGACCACAUUUUCUGACAAUAAAAA